UCUGCAGCACCCAUAUUUCAAUGGAUUCGGGGAGAGCUAAUCGGGAAAGGCAGUUACGGUUGCGUGUACUUGGGAUGCAAUGCCAAUACUGGAGAAAUAAUGGCUGUGAAGCAAGUCGAGUUGCCCAAGAAGCAGUUUCAGCAAACCAGCCAACAGAUGGAAGUGGCCAAUGCCCUCAAGUUUGAGAGCGAAACUCUCAAAUACUUGGAUCAUCCUCGCAUAGUCCGAUAUCUGGGUUACGAAGAGAGUCCCGAGUCUUUGAACAUUUUCUUGGAAUAUGUCCCUGGAGGAACAAUUGAAAGCUGUCUUUCUCAACAUGGCAGGUUUAGUGAAGGUUUAACAAAGUCAUUCACCAGCCAGAUUUUGGAAGGUUUGGAGUAUCUCCACUAUAGAGGAAUUAUACAUCGAGAUCUUAAAGCAGCCAAUAUUCUCGUUGAUCAUUCCGGCAUCUGUAAGAUCUCUGACUUCGGUAUAUCCAAGCGUGUCGACGAAUUGGAAGCGCGCGCAAAUACGGGUUUGAAGGGCACUGUAUUCUGGAUGGCUCCAGAAGUUGUUUCUCCAAACCUUGGUGGAUAUGACGCGAAGAUUGAUAUCUGGAGUGUUGGAUGUAUUGUGCUGGAAAUGUGGUCUGGUAAAAGGCCUUGGGCCGGCGAAGAGUGUUUCGUACUCCAUAAAGAUAAACUCCCGCCUCCCCUUCCAAAGGAUCUGCAUCUAUCAGAGCUGGCGAUGGACUUCAGGAGUGGCUGUUUUGCUAUUGACCCAGCUAAGCGUCCUACAGCUGCAGAACUUCGAAAGCAUCGCUAUCUGACUCCAGCGUUGGGCUGGUCGUUUAAU